CGAAACCAGACAAAACACUUGCGAAAUAGAAAAAAAAUAUACGCUUGCGAGAACCAGAUUCAACAGAGAACCCUAGAACUCAAUUUUUAUCCAGGCACGGCCGUCGCUUUCUCAAUCUCACCGGUAUAAAUCGCCGGUGAAGGUGUAACAUACAUAGCUGUAUCUGGAUAAUAGCUAGGUAGAGAUAUUAUUUAAGGGGAUUUUGAGAAUCAUGUAUAGGGAGAGAGGCACGGUGAGUUCAAAACCAGAGGUUGUUGUUGAUCGUAAACGAAUCAAUCAACCUCUUCAACGUCCUUCUCCGUCAACUUCCCUUCAAACUAACGGCAAGGGUAAAGAAACUUUCUUGAUUGGGAAGCACCCGCUUAACGUUUCAGACGACAGUGAAGAGGAGUCUGAUGUGAGUGGUUCAGACACUUCAUGGAUAUCUUGGUUCUGUAGUUUAAGAGGAAACGAGUUCUUCUGUGAAGUUGAUGAUGAUUAUAUCCAAGAUGACUUUAAUUUGUGUGGACUCAGUAGUCUUGUUCCCUACUAUGAGUAUGCCCUUGAUCUGAUUCUGGAUGUUGAAUCUUCUCAUGGAGAUGUGUUUACAGAGGAACAGAAUGAGUUGGUUGAGUCAGCUGCUGAGAUGCUUUAUGGACUUAUUCACGCUCGUUACAUAUUGACAACCAAAGGGUUGGCUGCAAUGUUGGAUAAAUACAAAAAUUAUGACUUUGGAAGGUGUCCUAGAGUUUAUUGCUGUGGGCAACCUUGUCUACCGGUUGGUCAAUCUGAUUUGCCUCGUUCAAGCACGGUGAAGAUAUAUUGCCCUAAAUGCGAGGACAUUUAUUACCCUAGAUCAAAGUAUCAAGGCAACAUUGACGGUGCUUACUUUGGGACAACUUUUCCUCAUUUGUUCUUGAUGACUUAUGGACAUCUCAAGCCACAAAAGGCAACACAGAACUAUGUUCCAAGAGUAUUUGGGUUCAAACUACACAAGCCGUGAAGGAAGUUUUAAGACAAAGAAACCCAAGAAUUAAGAUUGUGGCUUUGGAUUUGAAAACGAAAACAAGAAGCGUUGUAAUCACGAAAGGUGAAGAAGCAAGCAGUCUUGUUAUUUGUCAUCAGGUACAUUCACAUUAAAAGCAACCAAAAGAUUUGGUUAGAAGAACAAAGAAGCGAAAAUCUUCUCUUUGAGUUUGUGAAAUUUGAACCUGUAUGUUCCUACUUUUGUAAUCUUUUUUUCUGUUUGCUUUGUUUUGUUUUUCAUUGGCAGAUGCUAUAGGGGAGUUUAAGCAUUUAUCAAAAAAAAUUAUCUUUUAGCUCUCUACUAGAAUAUCGCAUCAAAUUUUGUCAACAUUUAAUGUCUAGUUUCUGUUGUCCAUUUUUGAUUAUGCAAUACUAGAUCUAUAUACUUUAUGGAGGCUCUGUUUCUUUUUUCACAGAUUCUUU